AUGGGUUUAUCGCCCGGCUUCCGUUGGUGUCUUGGCUCUGAUGUCUUUCUCGACGACGGAUGGGACGAGCCUCGUAUAGCUCAAAGCAGCCUAGCUGCUUUACAGACUAUGAAUCCCAACCUCAAGCUACUAUUAACCUUCAUCAUCAUCAAGGAUUUGCUUCGCAAUAGAAUUAUUGGCGUGGCGGCUAGGACAAUUCGUUAUGGGUCCUGCCAUAUUCACGAUUAUGGGAAUGCUCCAAUGCUCCAAUGGCAGCCUAUCGAGGAAUUGGGCUCCAUCACGGGACCUGCGGGAGCAGCUGCGAUCUACACCGUUGUGACCCAUUACCUUUCUUCCAACGCCGCUGAGCUGUGGUCGGAGCUACUUUGCUGGCUACUACUGCCAAUUAUCUUUCGGAGUACUCUUCAAAGUUCAUACAGUCUGGGAGACAGCAAGGGCUCGAAGAACAGCCUCCCGGCCCCCGUCCCUCGAAGUCCCGAUUUGGGGGUUGCACUAGGCUCCGUACCUCUCUGGGCAGUCGCUUUUGCUAUCGCUGUGGUCUCGGUGUACAGAGCAGAGCACAAGACCAUUAUAGUCUUUCUGCCAGUUCUAUCUCCGUUACUUUUGCUUGUUCACAAGGGCUUCUCGCGAUCCGAUCCCCCAUCAUCCGAUAUUACGCCGUUGAUUCGACCGAAAGUACAAAUCUUUCUUUUUGAUACAUUACCUGGAUCAUUCUUGAUCGGACUCUUUGCGGCCUUCACACUAUGUGGCUGGGAUCUUGAGGCAUCUGCCUUCGCGGCGAUACCAGCUACUGCGAUGCUCGUCAUCUAUACUUCGUUUGAGUAUGCUAACGCAGCGCGCCGAACAUAUUUCUAUCCAAAAGUGCAUCUUCAACAAUCGGUCACUGCAUUGGCUCCUCGGGUCGUGGUCCUACUCGUCGCGUGCUUGAUACUGGACGCCAGCAUUUUCGACUUCACGACGAUCAACAUUCCGAGCACAGUAUUCUUGGGCAUUGCUAAGGCUUUGGCAUGGUAUUUCAUGGCAAGAACUGCCGAAUGCACUUCUUGGCGCAUUGCACCAGCGAUAGGGACUUUUGGGAUCACCGCAACCCUUGGUCCCUUUUCACAAGCCUCAGAGUCCCAAGCAAUCUCACAUAUGGCAGUGUCGAUACUGGCACUGGGUAAUAUGGUACACUUGAUAUCCAAGCCAUCGAAGACGAAGAGAGUUCCAACACUAUGGUUAUUAGCUAUUGCUUCACUUGGCCCUUACAUCAUGAAUCUUUUCGUUGCCAGAAAUGCAAUCUCUACGGCUCAAACAUUUGCUGGUCAUUCCGAGAAACAUCCUGUUGAGAUUUUAGGCCGACAAGCAGACAUCAAAUUUCAACACCUGCUGAGAACACAAUCGGCCAACUACUCGGCAGCCCAUGUCGAAUACGUACGUCGAUAUGGGACAGAACCACCUCCAGGCCUUGGAGAAUGGUUUGACUUUGCAGUAGCGAACCAGUCUCCCAUUAUCGACGAUUUCGAUAUGAUAUUUGAUUCUGUAUCGCCUUUGCUCAAGAUGAGCGGUGAACAAGUUAAUCAAGUGAUGCGCACGGCGUACGAAGCGACAGGAAGUGAUCUUUGGCUUUGCUCCUUUUCGUCUACACGAGGCACAACCCAAUGCCAGCACGCAUACCGUACUUUCGACCGAAACAUUGCAUCUUCAUUCAACAAGUUGUUAAAGGGUUUAGAGCAUAGCAAGAUCCCAGAUUUGAAGUUUCUCGUAAAUCACCUCGACGAGCCGCGAGUUCUCCUCCCCUCGCAGUUUGCAGGAGAUGUUGAUGGACAGCCUUCAAUCACCCUCGGCCGUUUCAAUCUGAAAAAUAUGUCGGGACGACCAGUCGGCAAAGAAAUCACGAAACACUGUUUAGACCAAGAGCAACUCGCAUCGAGGCACACGAGAAACUCGACCGUCGAUUCUUGUGGCCUUCCAUUUGUGUCAGACCUAUCAAUGGCUGCGGAUCUAUGCCAACAUCCCGAGCAUACCUCCCUACAUGGUCUCAUUGCGAGACCAAAUUCGUUCCGUUUGAUUGAGGGACUGGUGCCUAUCCUAUCCACAGGUGUUCUCUCAUCAAUGGGAGAUAUUGUGUACCCGAGCCCGGCAUAUUUGGAGGAAGAAUUUCAGUAUGCCGAUGACCAAGAUAUCCAGUGGGAGGAAAAAAGCAAUAACGUCUAUUGGACUGGGUCCAACACCGGUGGCUUCGCUGUAGAUGGCAGUUGGAGGAACUAUCACCGCCAGAGAUUCGUGGCCUUGGCACAGAAAUUGCAACAGCCCGAGGAACAGCACCAUACCUACCUGAGGCUAGUCAACGGCGUGGUCGAGCGUGUGACCUCAAGCUUCUUGAACAGUCGCUUGUACGACGUUGCUUUCACAAGGUUGUUCCAGUGCCGGAGGACACAGUGCAGAGACCAACACUCGUACUUCAAUGUGAGGUCUUGGGUGGACAAGAAUCAAGCGUUUCGCUCACGGCUCGUCUUCGACCUUGACGGAAACGGCAUCAGCGGGCGCUAUCACAAGUUCCUAGCAUCAAAGUCCACACCACUGAAACAGACUCUUCUCCGCGAGUGGCACGAUGAACGCCUCGUUCCUUGGACACAUUAUGUGCCCGUCAGCCUGAGCAUGGAGGAGCUACCUGAGCUUGUUUCAUACUUGACUACAACUGAUAGUGGGCAGCAACGAGCAAGAAACAUUGCGAUACAGGGGAGAGAGUGGCAUUCAAAGUCCUUGCGUGAGGUGGACUUUACAAUUUACAACUAUAGGCUUCUGUUGGAAUUAGCGCGGCUACAAGAUCCCAAGAGGAAGCAAUCAUGA